AUGAAGCUGGGUUCCUUUUCUAUACUGGUGGCCGCGUGGAUUGUCUCCUGUGUGCGAGCCUCGACGACCUCGACCUUCUCGCCGGCGCGUCCGCCGGCUAUCCCACUGGCGGUCCGGUCUCCCUAUCUGAGUACGUGGUUGGAUGUAGGCAGUGAUGGUGGUGAUGGAGGGUAUCUCGCGGGCGAGUGGCCGGACUUUUGGUCUAAUCAAAUCACCGGCUGGGCAGGCAUGAUUCGUGUAGAUGGCCAAGUCUACACCUGGAUGGGACUGCCAGGGACUACGACGGUCACUCAGCUCGCUUUCGAGUAUACUUCCACCCGAAGUGUCUUUAUCAUGAACGUGGGAGGCAUGGUCCAGAUGAACAUUACGUUCCUGUCGCCUAUAACCCCGGAUGACAUGAAGCGUCAAUCUCUUGUCUUUUCCUACCUCCAUGUGGACGUUGUCUCGACCGAUGGCAAUGAACAUGAUGUCCAGCUGUACGCAGAUAUCUCGGCUGAGUGGGUAUCAGGCGAUAGGACAGCGGUGGCUCAAUGGGAUUACGGAGUCACUGAUGAUGGAGUCGCCUAUCAUCGGGUCUACCGCCAGACCCAAUUGCUGUUCUCUGAAAACACAGACCAAGGCGAAUGGGGUUACUGGUACUGGGCCACGGACAACAGGGCGGGCCUGACCUAUCAGUCUGGCAGAGAUGUCGAUGUACGGGGUUCCUUUUCAUCCAACGGGUUGUUGGGCAACAGCAAGGACACCAAGUACCGCGCCAUAUCGAACGACUGGCCAGUGUUCGGCUUCGCCAACGACCUGGGCUCGGUCAACUCCACGACUGCCAGCGCUUUAUUUUCCAUCGGCCUGACUCAAGACAAGGCUGUUCAGUAUGAACGGACCUCGGGAGUCGUGUCUUUGCCAUCCUUAUGGACGAGUUACUUUUCCACUGAGCUUGACGCCCUGGAAUUUUUUCACAACGAUUACUCCCACGCCGCCACUUUAUCGACAGACUUUGACAGCCGAGUUGAGACCGACUCGCUUGCAGCUGGUGGCCAGGACUACUUGACCAUUACCUCGCUGUCCGCGCGGCAGGCCCUUGGCGCCACGCAGCUGUGUGGCACACAGGACGAGUACUACCUGUUCAUGAAGGAGAUUUCCUCAGACGGCAAUGUCAACACAGUCGACGUAAUCUUCCCCGCCCAUCCGUUCUUUCUGUACGCGAAUCCAGAAUUCCUUAAGCUUCUGUUAGACCCCCUCUUUGAGAUCCAAGAGUCGGGGUUGUACCCCAACACGUGGUCGAUGCACGACAUUGGAAGCCGUUAUCCGAAUGCUACGGGGCACAACAAUGGCGACGACGAGCCGAUGCCGCUGGAAGAAUGCGGUGACAUGUUGAUCAUGACCCUGGCGUAUGCUCUCAAGGCACAAGACACAAACUUCCUCAAGCAGCAUUACACCUUGUUGAAACAGUGGACCUCGUACCUGGUUGCGGAUGCCCUGUAUCCUUCGAAUCAGAUCUCGACCGAUGACUUUGCUGGGUCACUUGCAAACCAAACAAAUCUGGCCCUCAAGGGCAUGAUUGGCAUCGAGGCCAUGGCGGUGAUUGCCAAUCUGACCGGGCACACUGCUGAUGCUAAAAACUUCACCAAUAUUGCACACAACUACAUCGCGCAGUGGCAGGUCCUCGGAGUUGCUCAUGACGCCAAUCCUCCACACAGCACCUUGGCGUACGGGGCCAACGACACGCAUGGCCUCUUGUACAAUCUAUAUGCGGAUGCCGAGUUGGGCCUCGACCUGGUUCCACAAUCUGUGUACGAGAUGCAGAGCAAUUUCUACCAAACCGUGCAGCUGACGUACGGCGUUCCGUUGGACACGCGGCACAACUACACCAAGGGCGAUUGGGAAAUGUUUACUGCGGCUGUUGCAUCAAAGAGUACGCAGCAGAUGUUUAUCCAUGACCUUGCCGUCUGGAUCGACCAGACGCCUACGAACCGUGCCAUGACCGAUCUGUACAAUACAGUCGGGGGCAAUUACCCCGAAGUUACCUUUGUCGCCCGCCCCGUCGUGGGGGGAAGUUUUGCCCUCCUACUGCUCCAGGAGGGACUGUAA